GUGUUCCAUCCACGAGUGAACCACUAGAUUCUCUUCUUCAGACGUUCAGUCGUAGUACACGCCAAUAUAUGAAGGGCUUUUUCCUUUUAAUUUGCCAGUUUUUCUUUUCCUUUGCAGCGGGAAAGUGACAAAUUAAGCUAAUAUUGGGAAUAUUUUGUCCGUGUAAUUUAUUUAAUCUGUUGACUUCUUCUGUCGGUUGUUGUAUAUUUGAAAAGUGUUUGUUGCUGAAAAACUAAAUAUAUUCGAAUGACGAUGACAAGUGUGAAGGCUUGGUCACUGCUUCUACUGCCGUUUUCUCUGGUCUCUAUGGGGAAAGCAGAGUGUCCAGUUCCUCCUAUGAAUGGCAAAUUUGUCUUGUCACUGGAAUCCAUACUGAAGAAUAGCUUCGCAGACGAUUCAGAAGCGCUUGUGGAGUGUGCUAAAGGAUAUGAGAGAGCUAAAGGUCCAACUUCAAUCACCUGUGUGAACGGGGUCUGGAGUGAAGUGAAAUUAAUCUGCAAAAAGGUAGAUUGUGGACAACCUAAACCUUCACCACAUAUGACCUACUCCAGCCCUGAUGGAACAUUGUUUGGUGCCUACAUACAACCCAUAUGUGAGACAGGAUAUGAUCUGGAAGGAUCAAGCUUCAGGCAAUGUCUUGUUUCUGGCUGGAGUGGAAAAGCUGAAUGUAUAUUGUCAGAAUGCGUUUUUCCAGAUCCAAUUGAGCAUGGAGAGAGGGUUGGACCCAAGAAUCCUGUGUUUAAUGAUGUCAUUACAUAUUCGUGCAAUGAUAACUACACCCUUGUUGGCAACAGCUCCAUUACAUGUGGUGAAUACGGGGAAUAUAGUUCACCGCCUCCAAUAUGCAUAGUCAUGAUAACACAGACAAAAGCAAGCACUACCACAAACAAAGCCACAACAACAGACACAACAACAGCCUCCAACUUUUCACAUGGAGGAAUUGGAGAAAAGCUCACUAAUGGCUCUUCAAGUGAGUUCAUCCUUUAAAUUCAAUGAUACUGUACUAAAUUCAAUGUCUGACUACACCCUCAGGAAAGUAAUGCAGUAACUGUAGAUAGAGGGGACUUUAGUUUGUCAUACAACAUGUGUCACCAUAUUAUAUAACUGUCAGUGAUGAUAAUGGCUUAUUUUGUCUUGUAUAAGUUCCAAAUAAGAGGAGUGAUCACUAUUAUAACUGAUGGCCACCACAUACUGUAUUUAUUGAAUGUUCAUUUCCUUUUGUUCACGUGUCUCACUGUUUCUAAUAACACAACUGAUCUUGUAUGUUAACAUUUGCAGGUGCCUUCACAGAUGCCGCUAUCUGUGAGUAAAUUAAUUAUUACAUAUUAUACAUAUUGUAUCUAUUGAAUGUUCAUUUCC